GCCCACUCCGCAGCCGGGGGAGGAGGCUGAUGUUUCCCUCCUCGCUGGCUGUGGUGCGGUCCUGGGGCGGGGCGGCCGCGGCAGCCACGUGAGGCGCUGUCAGUGCCGCGUCCUGCAGCUCCGCGGAAGGAAGCGCCCAGAGCCCGCAGCAUGGAGCCGCACCGCUGGCUGCCCCUGGAGGCCAAUCCCGACGUCAUUAACCAGUUUCUCAAACAGUUAGGUAUACAUCCUGACUGGCAAUUUGUAGAUGUGUAUGGUAUGGAUCCAGAACUACUUAGCAUGGUGCCAAGACCCGUCUGUGCAGUGCUACUUCUCUUCCCAGUAACAGAAAAGUAUGAAACAUUCAGAACAGAAGAGGAAGAGAGAAUAAAAGCCCAGGGACAAAAUGUCAGAUCAUCAGUAUAUUUCAUGAAGCAAACCAUCAACAAUGCUUGUGGAACAAUUGGACUUAUUCAUGCUAUUGCAAACAACAGAGAUAAAAUGAACUUCGAAUCAGAUUCUACAUUGAAAAAAUUCCUGGAGGAUUCGUUACCUAUGAGUCCUGAAGAGAGAGCCAAAUAUUUAGAAACCUAUGAAGCUAUUCGUGUUACUCAUGAAUCCAGUGCCCAUGAAGGUCAGACUGAGGUCAAACAUAACCAUGUAGGUCCUGCACAGGCUACCAAUCCAUCAAUCCGUCUUCAUUGUUGGCAGCCAUUGAUACGCCUUCCUGUUGGGCUCCGUUCUAUUGCACCAAGCAUUGAUGAAAAAGUAGAUCUUCACUUUAUUGCGUUAGUUAACGUAGGCGGUCAUCUCUACGAAUUAGAUGGGCGCAAACCUUUUCCAAUAAACCAUGGACAAACUAGUGAUGACACUUUUUUAGAGGAUGCAGUAGAAGUUUGCAAGAAGUUCAUGGAACGUGACCCAGAAGAAUUAAGAUUUAAUGCAAUUGCUCUGUCUGCAGCUUAAUUAUCCCAUUUGGAAAAGCGGCACCACUAAUAUAUUGUAACAAAAUAAAAAUAUUGCCAUAUAUUAUGUACGACUUUUGAUACUUUCACUAAUAUGUUGAUGAAUUUGAGCAUAUGUGGAUUAAAUCUUGAAUUAGUCUUUACUGCA